CGGAUUGAGGGACAGAGUGAGGGACACGGUGAGGGACAGAGUGAGGGACACGGUGAGGGACACGGUGAGGGACACGGUGAGGGACAGAGUGAGGGACAGAGUGAGGGACAGCGGCCUGAGUUGUUUCUUUGGGUUUUUUUUUUUUAACCGAAGAAGUUUUUUCUUUCACUCACCGUGUACUUUAUUCGAGUUCAGAGGAAUAUUUGACCUGUAAAUUCGACUUGCUGAAGGAAUUGGAUCAUUGUGAAGAAGAUUAAUCAGCUCGACGCCGAGGCUGAAAGACAGCGGAAGACAUCUUCCUCUUCCUCACUUCUGGACACUGUAUGAGAUGAAGCCAGGCUCUGCAGCUCGAGGGGACAUGGUGCCUGAGAUUAAAGCUGCUGUGAGUUUUCUGGUCAGACUUCUGAGGAACAGCGGCUUCCUCCCGGACACACAGCUGCAGGUGUUCAGAGACUGUCUUCAACAAGCUCUCUCAGAUCGUUACAGACACCACUGGUUCCCCGACAGGCCUCAGAAAGGUUCAGGUUACCGCUGCAUCCGGAUCAACCACGAGAUGGACCCUCUGAUUGGCGGCGCGGCGAGUCGGGUGGGCCUGAGUGCCGAGCGGCUCUUCUCACUGCUCCCUCGAGAGCUCACCCUGUGGAUCGACCCCUACGAGGUGUCCUACAGAAUCGGAGAGGACGGCUCCAUCUGCGUCCUGUAUGAGGCCGAGCCUCCGGCGUCCGGGCCGACUUCAUCCUCGCUGUCUCUGUUCGACCCUCUGAACUGUAAGAACGGUUUCAUGAUGAGCGGCAGGACCAGUCCUCCUAAACACUACCUCAUGACCGUGUCCAGCUGAGGGGACGGGAGGACACACCACUGUGCAGGGGACCGUUAACCUUUCUGAGACUUUCAUUUCUUGACAUUUUUCCUUCUGUUUACUCUGUAAACCCUUUAUUUUUAUAGUCUAAAGCACUGCCUGAUGUUUCUGCGAUCAGACCUUCCUCCACUUGCACUGUAGGCGUGUGCUGAGACUCCCCCUGUAUCACAGGUCUCAGGACCUGCAAAGGAGCUUCGGUCGUGUCUCAUUUCUUUCUUGACUCUAUUUGCCGCAAAGUGCUGCCUACCUAGGGAACCUCCUCCCGUGUGGAAUGUGAAGCUUGUGAUAGUUUUAUUCAGAUAUAAGUGACACUUCAGGAUUCAGCCUCAAUGGAAGAUGCCCAGAUAUGCUGCCUGUGUAGGGUCCCUCCUCAGGGAGGAUGAUGUGAUGGUGUGAAUGUUUAUCCGCACAUCCCUAACACACUGAAUAUGUGAAACGUGGUGGUGGUAGCAUUACACCAACAAGGCUCAGGUUCAGGGCUCGGGUGCAAGACACUGGUCACUCGCUGCAUCUCUUACUGGUGAUGUCAUUUUUAUAAGCUUCAUCAUCAUGGUUCUGCUGGUGGUUGUUGCUGCACAGAGCAGCUGAUGACCAGAUCCCUGAAGAUUUCUGCUGCCUUAAAAACACUGAACCUUUCUGCCAAACUUUAUCGUGCAAUAUGAAAUGUCCCAAAAGUAUUUCCUGCUCCUCUUCCUCCUAACCCUCAUGAAUGUCAUGAAAUGAAUCGCAGUGGAGAAGUAAACGCGCCCCUCUGGCACUCUGUAGCAUUUUCUCUCUCUGGGCUGCUGAGCAGCUCGGUGUUUACUGGGUUUAGACGGAGAAACUGUAGUUUGUAAGCUAUUUGAAGCACCCUGUGAUUUUAUUGUACACUUUUUUUUUUUUUUUAAGAAAUGGAUUUGUGUAAAAUAGAGAGAACUGUACAGUUUUGUGCGAUUUUUUUUUUUGUAUUACAAUAAAGGUUUAUAAAUGA